CACACUUCAGCUGUUUUCUUUCUGCUGAAUUCCUCCAGUUAGUGUCUGAAAAAAGAGAUUAACAAACAACUACAAUUUAUUUAAUUUCAUCUUUGUAAAUAACACUCAUGCCAUGGAUGACAUCGAGAUCUCGGAGGACCGAGACAAGCUGAAGCGUGGCCUGGUGAAGGCGCUGCAGUGUGUAGCCACCAUCUCGUCCGCAGCCGCUGUGGUGAACCCCAUCUUCGGUGUGGCGGGCUCGCUGAUCCGCAUCAUCAUUCACCAUGUGGACGACGAAGAGAUUCAGAAACUCCGAGGUGAGUUUGUCAGCGUGAACCGAGCCCUGGAUGAGAUUUCGAGGCAGAACCAGAGCACGUUGCUCCAGAUCAAGAAGGAGACGCUGGACGGGCAAUACAGCCAGGUAGAGAACAACCUACGCAACCAGUUCCGUAAGUUCAUGGAGGUGGUGAAGGCACGACCCGAGCACGUGGAGAGAAAGCGUGAUGAUUUUGAGGAAAGCUAUGCUAACGACUUGGGUGACCAGAACCUGCACACACUCUACGAUGGUGUAAUGGGCAAGCCCAAGCUCUUCAGCCAGCCCAUCCUCGACGUCUACAUGACUUACUCUAAAGGAGAGCGGAGCGUGAUGGAGCGCCUGUGCACACACAUCACCUACCUCUUCUGCGUCGGCCUCAUCGCUCUGAUGGGUUACGCCGCCAUCAUUGGGGAUGACGAAGAGGGCCUGAGAGAGGAGUGGGCUAUGAAGAUGGAGGAAGUGCAAGAGAAGAUGCAGGAGGUGCUCAGCAGGUGCAAGUGAUUCCGUUCCCCUGAUUCACACAAGUUUAAUAAAAGGGACAAAAUUAUAUUUUGCUACACAGAUUUUAAAAUUGGUACACAAAACAACUCAAAAUGUAAAGACAAAUGUGACAAAAGGUUAUGCUCUGUUGUUCCACAAGAGGGCUAAGUAGACCAAUCAACUUUAUUGAUCGGGGUCAAAACCACAUCUCUUUCAAAAAGAGCUCUUUUAGGUGACUCACAGUAACGGGGUGUUAGGUGUGUUUUUAAAACUUUUAUGUUUGUAAAUUAUUUUACAGGGUAUAUAUAAAUAUUGUUGGAUGCUUAUGCAAGGUAUUGUGCAUACACUGUAUGAAUAUAUUUGGUUAAAAAAAACAUAUUUUUGUAAUGAUUUGCAGUUUGUUUUGUUUUGUAUGUAAUGAAACAUUUACUUGCACAUGAAACAGUGACUUUUAAUCAGCCAUGUUUUAACAUUUAAGGGAAAAUGUCAUGUUCU